AUGGCCUCACGUGUCUUUGUCUCUGGUCUCCCCCGGUCCCUCCCUCCCCUCCCUCCGGAGCCUGCCCCUACCUGCGUUCCCUGCGUCGAGGGGCGGCAGCGCGCCGCCCCUCACUCCUCCGAGUUUCCUCCGACAGAGGCUCCGCUGCAGACUCUUCACAUGGACGUGUGGGGCCCCGCCCGCGUCCGCGGGGAGUUUUCCUCUGCCCGUCUGGGAGCCUUCUGUCGUGCACAGGGCAUCCGCCAGACAUUCACGCUUCCGGCCUCUCCACAGCAAAAUGGGAUUGCAGAGCGCCGCAUUGGCAUGGUCAUGGAUGUCGCUCGUACGUCCAUGAUCCAUGCAGCUGCUCCCCAUUUUCUGUGGCCGUUUGCGGUUCAGUACGCAGCGCAUCAGCUCAACCUUCAGCCCCGGGUCUCCUUGCCAGAGACCUCCCCCACCUUGCGGUGGAUGGGGAAGGUUGGCGAUGCGUCUGCGUUUCGUGUCUGGGGAUCUCGGGCGUUUGUCCGCGACAUGUCUGGGGACAAGCUGUCCCCCCGUGCGGUUCCCUGCGUCUUCCUUGGCUUCCCCCUUGGCGCGCCUGGUUGGAAGUUUUACCACCCCACCUCGCGCCGUGUUCUGUCCUCCCAGGACGUCACGUUUGACGAGUCGGUUCCUUACUACCGUCUCUUCCCCUACCGCACUACGCCCCUCCCCCCGCCGCCGCUCUUCCUUGCGCCAGGUCCCCCCCCGGUAGACCCCCUCCCCCCUCAGGGUCCUGCUCCGUUGGGUGUGUCCCAGGUAGACGCAGUCGAGCCUGUCGAGGUAGCUGUUGACUCUGGUAGUGCUACGGGUGCUGGGCCUAGGGGUGCUGGGCCUUGGGGUUCUGGACCUAGGGGUGCGGAGCCUGGGGGUGCGGAGCCUGGGGGUAUGGAGCCUGAGGGUGCUGAGCUUGGGGGUGCGGAGCCUGGGGGUGCUGGGUCUACUCGUAUGGCCUCUGGCGGUGCUGGGUUUUGGGGCCCUUCGGGUGCUUUGUCGAGGCGGGAGCUACCCUCUCCACAGGAGCAGCGCGAAUGGUUUGCCCGGCGCUGGAGCCGUGCUGCUGGAGCUGGAGGUGCUACUGUUGCUGCUGACCCUGGGGUCGGCACUGGAGGUACUGGAGCCACUGGUCCUGGAGGUGCUCGUACUGGCGGUACUGUAGCUACUCGGACUGAGGGUGCUGCUGGGGCUGCUGGAGCUGGUCCUGCUGGAGGUGCUGCUGGUGCUGCUGAAGGUACUGGAGCUACAGGGCCUGGAGGUGCUCCUGGUGCUGGAGCUGCUGGCGGUGCUGGAGCUGGCGAACCUGCUGGAGUUGGUGCUGCUGGAGCUGCUAGAGCAGGAGUUGCUGGAGCUGCUGGAGCUAGAGCUGCUGGGGGUGUUGGCGCUGGAGGUGCUGCUGGCGCUGGUGCUUUUGAGGGUGCUGGAGUUGGCGCUGUUGGAGCUGGAGGUGCUGCUGGCGCUGGUGCUGCCGCUGGGGCGUCGUGA